UGACAUCGCACUUGAAACCUCAUCCAACACCAUGUCAAAGGCGAAAACGAAACAAGAAGAGGCUCUACAACUUCUCGACGACCUCGACUCCUUUACACCUAUACCAGACAGUACACAUAUCAAAGGGGAGUCUUCCAGCAACCCACCUGGAACCAGCAAUGAAGGCGAGGCAGAAGUCCUCGCUUUCAUCGACGAGAUUACCCAGAAGAGUGCCGAGCCCACCAAGCAUACUGCACAAAUUGAACGUCCAUUAUCAAGAGCAGGGACUCCUACGUUGAGAAAAAGUACCGAACGUGUCAAACUUGGCACAUCAUCUCUAGGUACUUCCACAGCAGCAAGGGCAGCUACACCCCCCGCUUCCUCCAAGUCCAAUAGCUCGACUUCAGGUGCUCCUGCUCCAUCGACGGGUGGAGCGUGGGGGUGGGGAUCUGUUUGGAAUACGGCUUCGGUUGCCUUGCAACAAGCGCGAAGUGUUGUCGAUGAGCAGGUCAAGAAUCUUCCGAAUAAUGAACACGCCAAGAAGUGGGGAGAGGGAAUGAUAGAAUAUGCGAAGAAUGCAAAAAUCGAUAAGCUUGGUCAAGAUUUCAAACGGGUCGGCCUGUCUACAUUGACGGACAUUCUCAACGUUGUGGCCCCUCCAAUUGCAGAGCACGAAGUAAUUCAAGUGUGGUUAAUUCAUAACAUGAAAGGCUAUGAUGGUGUCGAAAGUCUUGUCUACCGAUCCAUGGCUCGUGUCAUGGAACAAGUUGAGGGCGGAGAUCUUGUCGUCAACCGAGGCCAGCCGUCCCAGCCGAAAGACGAAGGCAAUACUGUUGCGAGAGAUCUCAAUGCCGUUGAAGGAUAUGAGGCUGCUGUUAAACUCGCUCAGGCCAAUUUGGACGAACUCAUCAAGACCAAGCGUGCAGAACCUGUCCCGCAGUCUUCUGCACAGUCACCGACUUCAUAUUCUCAUGUCUUUCUGCAUGUCCAGCCAUUCCUAUCUUCGUACAUAAUACCUGCUGCAUCUGACACAGCAAUAGAUGUUCAAUCCUCGGCUCCUCCCGUACAAGCGAAACAACAACACCUUCAGUUCCUUAUCUAUCUUUCGGACCCAUCACACAAUUUAAUCCAUUUGACGAUCACGCAGGCUGCUCCAGGUGCCUGGUUGGCGAUAUGGGAUGAUUAUGAUUGGGUCGAGGAUCUUGUUGCGGAGUCUCUGCGUGUCGGAGUAGAGGUUGUUGCACAGGAAUAUGUGGUUUCCAGAAUGGGUUGGGCUAAGUCUACGAUUGGGGCUGAGUUAGCAACAGAAGCGGAAGAGAAGGAACUCAAAGAGGAAGAACAGAGUAAAGCUGAAGGUUCAUGA